AUUCCGUGUACAUGUCAGCGUGAUAGUGUUCAUAGAGGACUGUUCUUUACUAUGCAACUAUGUGCUUUUAAUUUGAAAAGCGUGAACCGGAAGUUUUUGACAGCUCUUUGGUCAUUUGUAUUAUAUCGUUAGCUUCUAGUUCAACAAUGCAGCAAAGAGAAGAGAAGCAGCUGGAGGCAUCGGUGGAGUCUCUUAUCUCUCGGGUGGCUCACGUCAAAAACGCUCUUCACAGUUUCAUAUAUAAGUUGGAAAAUGAAUACGAGCGAUUAACAUGGCCGUCUGUGUUGGACAACUUUGCUCUGCUGUCUGGUCAGCUGAACACUAUCAAUAAACUGCUCAAGAACGAGAAGACACCAUCAUUUCGUAACCAGGUUAUAAUACCUCUGCUUCUGUCUCCAGACAGAGAUGAAGAUUUAGCAAAACUCACAGAGCAGCGUGUCCCGGUGUUCAGCCAUGAGAUUGUACCAGACUACUUGCGGACCAAGCCUGAUCCAGAGGUGGAGGAGCAGGAGAAACAGCUGAGUGCAGAGGCAGCACGAAUUGGCCCUGAGGUGGCACAGAAACAAAUCCAGACGUUGAAUAAGUUGUGUUCCAAUCUACUGGAGAAGCUGAACAAUCCUCGUGAAGACAGAGAUGCAGAAAGUGCAACAAUGAGACAGAACAAAUCGUCUUUCAACCCCGCCGACACUAACGCGCUGGUUGGAGCGGUUGCAUUUGGAAAGGGGCUCUCCAAGUGCAGGCCUCCAGGUCCAGUUGCCCCUGGACACCCAGGACAGGGGCCCAUGAUGAGUGGAGGCCCAACCUUACAGCAAGUCACCAUUGGUGGUGGUUCAGGUCAGCAAGCAGGUAUGGGCGGACCUGUAGCCCCACAGCAGCAAGGACAGCCAGGUAGGAGACCUGGAGAGCUGGGAAAAAUGCCAAGCAGCAUCAAGACAAACAUCAAAUCUGCAUCUGGUUCAAUGCAUCCCUACAACCGAUGACCUCCCUCCUUCUCAUUUCUUUUAACUGCCUUUGUUACAUUGUAGACUCUCCUAUACCAGUGAAUAUUUGCUGUGCAUACAUGUGACCUUUGUAUACGGUUAUUUUCAGAAGAAGUUGUUCCCCUCCUCUCUCUAAAGCUGUAUCUGUGACGUACAGUAUGCUCUGAGAAAUGUCUCAAACACAAAAACAUUGCUAUUUGUGACUGCCAUGGAACAUACUUCAUACCCCUGUGACUCUGAGCUACAGUGUUUGAGUCACUAGAUGGCAGUAUAUCAUCAUGUUGAAUUACAACAGCUUGUAUUUGGAACCCUAAUGUUGACACUUUCUCAAUAAAAGAUGUGUUUGAAAAGA